CGCGCCGGUCGCGCUCACGAUCGUACCUGUCAGUCAGUCAGUCGGCGAUUCUCCUCGGAUCGGACGACACAGUGUUUCUGAACUUGUUCCGUAAACCAACAAUAUCAGAGUGAUCUCGUAGAUACAACGUCUAAUUAAAUAAUCGGUAGUGUAAAAGUACUUCAGCGCGAUGCUGUGCAGGUACAACAGAAGGGAAGCCCUGGCCAACGGUGGCGGAGGUUAUUCCCAGGGGACGACGUCCUACGGCCACUACAACAACGGCUAUUACAACCAGUCGUAUCAGAGUUACAACGGCUACGAGAAAAGCGGUACACCUCCGCCGAGAAACAGCUCGCCGAUCAUCAACUACCCGGCGACUUAUCCCCAGCUGCGGACUAAGGAUAUCGUGUGCGGAUUCUGCAAGCACCGCUUCUACAUCGGCAAAGACUUGAAAGCAGCUUACUCUCCUUUGUUACUGCCAUGUGGUCAUGCAACUUGCUCAACUUGCGAAAGCUCAAAACCAGGACGAGCCUGCCCGCAGUGUCCUGAUUUUCCCGUUGACAUAGAGGCCAGGAAACGAUUACCCUGUAAUCUGUAUGUCAUAGGCUUGGUGCAUGCCAUUGUAUCAACGCCAAUGCAUAUUGACGAUCCAGAUAUGAACUUUCAUGUGCCCCUGAAUGCCAUCGCUCGCCAAAAUUUUGAACAAGGUAGCUGCAGUGAAUGCGGAAUGACUGCAUACUAUGACUGUAAGCAAUGUGAGGUUCGCUAUUGCAAGCUCUGCUUCAAAAAGAUGCAUAGAAAAGCUCUGCAGAGUCACAAACCGAUACCUUUGAAUAAAAGUGCUUUUGAUUUUACGAUAAGCACUUUCUGCCCAAACCAUGAGUCUGAGGCUACUGAAUACUAUUGCAAUCAAUGUGAUUUUGAAGGCUGCUCUCAUUGUAUAAUAAAGUUCCACCGGGAUCACGAUACAGAGCCCCAUAUUGAGAGAAACAAGGAAUGGCUAACGCAAUUUCGUGCAGCAUUUGCCAAAUUGCAGGACACCAGAAUGCGGAUUCAUCAGACACAACAGACGCUGACCAGCAAGGUGGUCUGCCCGGAGGUGACGAAGCAGACCCAGGCAGUGGAGAACCAAAUAACUCGUCACUUCGUACACCUCCACGGAGUUCUGCAGAAUUUGGAACAGGAGAUGAGAGACAAGUUGCGAGAGCAGCGUAUGAGCCUACAGCGCGACGUCGAAGAGUUCAGAAGUACACUGGCCACUGAGGGGGAAAAAUUGAAUUCGGCGUGUGCGCUAGCAGCGCGCGCUGAAGCAAACUGCGGCAGAGUGAACCUCCAGAAACUGACUGAAAAGCUGCUGGAACUCGCCGAUACGCCGUGUCAUGUUUUGCCGACGGAGGAGUACAAGGAAGAAAUAAAGAUAGAGGUGGACUCUUCGGUGUUCAACAGCAUAAGGCAACACAUACAGCUUCAGAUACCGGACGUACCGCGUUUCCACUUGGUAAAGACCUACGACCUGCCCGAGGACUACGAAUUGGAGCCGUUGCCUCAGGCUAACGAAACCAUAAUUACAGAGUCGAGCUUCAGACUGAGCUCGCAGAGGGACGUCUCGUCUCCCGCGCUGUCGAUCCAGUCUCGCAGCUCGUCUCCGUCGCUUAACGAGUCCAAGACACCUGAACCAUCUAGUCUGGAGAAAGGGUGUAAGGAACACGUAGAGAUGACCAACUUGGUGGAUCCAACGGAGUUUUACGUUCAGAGGAGGAGCACUCGAAGAAUUCUCGAGGAACUCGAAGCCGAUAUAGUCAAGUUCAUAGAGAGCGAUCCACCGAAGCCUGAAGUAAUCCUUUUGAAUAGCCUGUACGUGGUACAUGAUCGCUCAAAUAAUAAGUGGAUUCGUGGUCGUGUGAUCAGCGUCCAGGAUGGAUCGCCAACUACCUACGAGGUCUUGUACAUUGAUUACGGCUACAAAGAGUCAGGCUUGACGCUCGACUCAAUAAAAUGUGCUAAGCCGCAGUUCAACAUUGAGCCCGGACUGGCAGUGCGAUGUAGCCUCGCUGAAAUUGCUCCCAUCGAAGGCAACGAAUGGGACGACGAAGUGAUCCACAGAUUUUCUGACAUGGCUAAAAACUCUGAGCUUACCAUACAUGUUCUUAAUGUCGACGAAACUGUCCACAUCGUUGAAUUGAUAGGCUUCGGCAACAAUAAUGGGAUGACCGUGUCGUUCCGUGACUGGCUUAUAGACGUAAAACUCGCCAAGCCUACAACUUUUUACAAACUGAAGAGAAUGAACCCCUUGUCAGCUCACCAGUUUUACCAGGACGAACUUCCACUGAAUAAAUACACCAAAGUGGAAAUUUCUUUCAUCGAAUCUCCGAAUAGUAUAUACGUAAAAAAGGUACAUCAAGAAAAAUACUAUCAAGAUAUUAUGCAUCAGUUCAAUCAUCAGUACAGUAAACUUCAACAAAAAGAAGACCUCACUAUCAAACUUCCAGAAUAUGGGGACAAGGUCACUUUAAAAGAAAACAAAGUUUGGAGAAGAGGAAUCAUCACUAAUAUUCGCCACAAGGAAUCGAAAGUCGAAGUUUUUUUAGUUGACAUUGGGUCUACGCAACUAGUGCCUUACGAUCAACUGAAACGUUUGCCCAAUCGUUUUUGUAACUGGAGUGCUCAGGUAAUGAAGGUAUCGCUCCUGGAUAUAAAACCCAUCGAUGGCGUAGAAUGGAAUCUAGAAGUAACUAAUUUUCUUAAAACUAAUUUGGAAGGUCGUCAAGUAACCGUCAUACCUUUUUUGAAAACAGAAAAAACUUUUAACGUUUGCAUGUAUGUUGACCGUGACAUAAAUAUAAACGCUCUUCUCGUUUCGAAAAGCUUCGCCCAGAGCACUGGACUUCGUUCAAAGCGUGAAGUUCUCGAUAAAGACAUCGGCAUCCCUCAGAAAAAUCGUAAGAAAGAUAAAAAGAAUGCAAAGGCUGUAAAAGGAAUUGCAACUUCCGCUUCCUCAAAGCCAAAGAAAGAAACGGUGCAACGUGUUGAAGAGAGCGACCCCUACAAGGUCCGGGUCUCUAUCAACAAAAUAAUUUCACCCGAUAUUAUUUAUGUGUCAGACUGCUCGAAUCGUGAAAGUUAUAAUACGAUGACAGCUGAGAUGCAAAAGUUCUACAAGUCAAAAAAAGGCAGAGUACAGGGCCCCCUCGACUCUAACUGGGUCUAUUGUGUGUACUCCCGCAAAGACAAACAAUUUUGUCGAGCCCAACUACUCGAUACAUCUGAGUCUGGUCCAAGCAUUGUCAAAAUGACGCUUGUUGAUUUGGCAGAAGUAGAAGACAUACCCCUCGACGAAAUCCAACCACUUGAACCCCGAUUCAUAGACACUCCUAAGUACCAAUUCAAGGUUCGAUUGGCGGGUAUCGAACCCUGCGGUGGAUCGAAAGAUUGGCAAUCGUCGUCCUGUCAGAAGCUAAAGGACAUCAUUCAUGAUACUGGAGAUUUCAAAUAUUACAUCACGCUAAUUGAGGAUUCUGGCCCCAAAGAUCCUAUGCCUGUCGAGUUAUUUAUAACGCGGAAAGUCUUUGUCGGACCGAUCAAUCCGGAGAGAAAGGAAACUUUCUCGGUAGCUCGUUGUUUGAUUGAUCAUGGAUUGGCAUUGCCUAUUAGAGGUUUUAAUAUGAAAAACGAAGAAUUAAAAGAGUUGGCCAUUGAACUGAAGAAAAAAUUGCAGUUUGGCAAUUCGCAUUACGACAAUACAAGACAACUAUCUGACAUUAGCAAUACGAUAAUCGAGGAAGAACCAAUUCUUGAUAAUGAUAGUAACAGCAAUUCAACUACUGGUUUACAGAACGUCGAGGAUGUAGAGAAGGAAGAAAUCGUGGAUGUUUCAGGCGAAUCCACGCCUCUGCCGCCGAAAGUAGUCGACUGGAUUGAACCUGCGCACAUUCAGGAGACUAUCUUUCAUGCCAAUAUUACAUAUGUUGAUUGGGAUGGCAAUGUGUACUUCCAUCCGGAUACCAACGAGUACAAAGAUACCUUACAGUAUAUUAGUGACACGUUAUUCAAACACUACAAUAACAGAUCAAUCAAGAAAUACGAUUACAAAUGGGAAGUAGGUGAUCUGUGUAUUGCGAGCUUCCAUGCAGACAAAAAAUGGUAUAGAGGAAGGGUGACGCAAGUUGUAAGUCAGCAAAUUGUAAUGGUAUUAUUUGUUGACUAUGGCAAUAUUGAAGAAUGUUCCGUAGGCUCUCUCAAAAAGCGAAUUAUUUUAGAGCACAUACCUAUUCAGUGCACUAAAGCCCGAAUAGUCGGCAUCAACCCGAUAAACAGAAAGUGGAAAGAAUCUGAUUUGGACAUUAUUCAUGCUGCUACUGUCUCACAACCAUGCCGAAUCAAAAUUGUUACCAGACCACCGAAUCCAUGGAAGGUUGCUGUAUGGGUAAAGCCUUCUGAUUAUUCGACCUUUUUUCCUCUACCUUGGUAUCUCAAGAAUAAAACUACAGUGAGCAACAUUGAAAUAGAUAACAGCAUCCUUUAUUGUCAGGAUGAUGAGAAUUUUCAGAAGGAAAAUUACAAACCGAUUCAGUCGGUGAAAACAAAUGAAAAAAUUAUUAUUUCUAUUAAUAGCGAAGAUUCUAGCGAGUCGUCAAUUGACGAGGAAGACUCAGAGUUGGCUAUGAGCAAUAGCGGAAGUAGUGUAGAAUCAGUUGUUGUCUUUGGCGAGAUCCCAGAUAACUGUUCUCUCAAUAUGCCGAAGAACUCUGAGUUGUCACCGGAAAUAACAAUGCGGAUGAACCAUUUCAACAGGUCAACUUCUGUCAAUAACUCCCGCAGUUGCAGUCCGACCGUCGAUUCGCGAAAUGACAGUUUCAGCGAGGAAAUCGACGAAAAAGUACUCUCUGGUAACUCGAUCUACCUGAAAAUUAAUGGUAACAGCAACAUCGAUUUUGAAACUGAGAGUGUGAAAAGUGAGGCUUUGAUGUACGACUCAAAAAAUGGCCAUAUGGUAGCUUCAACGCCUUUAAACACCACUUACCAAGAUAUUGAUACUGAAUUCAUUUUUGGGCCUAUUGAUUUUUCGAUGUACGAAAUCACUACGAUGGAAAUUUCUGUCUCGACUAUGUUCUCGGACAAAAGUUUUUCCGGUUACAUUCUGCAGACUACAAAUGAAGAACUUAAUCAGUGGAUUAAAAAAGCAUCGGAAUUGCACGAACAGAUAAAUAAGUUUGCAGAAAAACAACCGAUACUUGAGAUAGAAUUAGAAAAGAACUGUAUUGUAAAAUAUAAAGACGAGAUGUGGUAUCGAGCACAUAUCGUAAAAAAAGUGGAUAAUGAAUCUGGUCAUGGCGUUUGUGUUGAAUUAGUUGACUUUGGUAACCGCUUCUAUGUAUUUGAUGAACUUAGCUUGCGUACUACUAAAGAUGAAUGGCUACAGAUACCAAUGAUGGGUAUUCGCUUCAGACUGUCGGAUAUUAAGUUUGAUGAAACAAAGGAAUUGAAAGAUUUGCAUAGGGCUGUGAUGAAGGUUAUAGGGCGAAAUCAUAAAUUCACAGCUGUUAUAAAGAAUCAUGGACCCAUACUUGAUUUAGAGUUGUAUUGGGAUAAAGGCUGUAAAGAAUCAAUCUUUACUCAAAUGUUUAAAAGUGGAGCACUGGAAAUUCUUAAUAUGUCGGUAGAUUAAAUCAUUAUCAUUCAAAUAUAUAAACAACACUAUACGUUUCUUAUUAAAAAGAAAUCAAGAUUUUUAAUUAAUUUUAAACUAUUUGAAUUUUUAUCUUGCUAUCAUUAGCAAUAUUAGUUAGAAAUAAAUAAUUAUUAACCAGCCUAACAACGCUAAAUUAUAAAGCAUUACAGGUUUUAAAACGACUAUUCUAAUAUUUCUAAAAAUGAGACACUUUUUUACAUCCAUAACCGUUUCUUUUUUGGUAAGUUCCAAAAAACCUUAUGGCGAUAAGUAUUAAAAUUAUUUGUUUCUACGUUUUUACAACCACAUAUAAUAAUUAAUAGGUGUUGUCAACAUUAUUGUUUCAAAAAUUCCUUUUUUCUUGUUUCAAACUCUUUUGCUUCGUAAAGUAUACGCAGCAUAAAUUAUUUAUGUAAUCAACUUGUAAAUGCAAGUGUUAAAGUAAAUUAAUUUGAAUAAACACAAAUCAACUUGUAUAACAAAUUCUUCACAAUAUAAUGAACUUUAACUGAUUAUCAAUUAAAUGUAUCAAUUAUCAUACUAUAAUAUAUAUAUAUUUUUUAUAUAGAAAGUAAUGUUCCAAGGAGAUAAAACGAAUUAUUAAAUACUUAUUGACUUCAUAGAGUGAUUAAUACGUUAUAAAUAAUGAAAUCCUGUCACUGUGCUAAUUAAUUUACAAAAAUACAAUAGUUAUAAACUACAAUCGUGUUAAUUUAUAUAAAAACUUAUAUGAUUUCAAUAACAAAUACUUCAGCGAUACAUUUUUUGCAUAUUUUCUAUAUAAUGAAAAACUCUAACACUUGCAGAAAACUAUACGUUUGUUUGUCAAACAAUAAGUUAAAAUCAAGUCUUAUGUUUACAAUGAUGUCAGUUCAAUUAUAAUUGCUUACUUUAUAAUAUAUAAGAUAAUCUAUAUCUAAAGUUUUAUAUGUAUUUUAAGUAUAUUAAAGAUUAUAAAUAAAAUGUUAUCUUAAUAA